AGGGGCUCGGGCCGGGCGGGCGCUGACCGCCGUGUGCAUGCGUUCCGCAGGCGGGGAACCCGCGCCGCCGCGCCCGGGCCGCCGGCGAUGAUCACCUAGGAGGCUGGCGAGGCUACACGCGGCCAUGGAGCGGGAGACGGCGGCGGCCGAAGAGCCCACGGCCCCCGGGCGCCGGCGGCGGCGCCGGGAGGGCAGGACGCGCACGGUGCGCUCCAACCUGCAGCCGCCCCCGGGCGCCGAGGACCCCGCGGCCAAGGGCGCCCGGCACCUGGCCGACAACCGGGUCAAGACCACCAAGUACACGGCGCUGUCCUUCCUUCCCAAGAACUUGUUCGAGCAGUUCCACCGCCUCGCCAACGUGUACUUCGUCUUCAUCGCGCUGCUCAACUUCGUGCCGGCGGUGAACGCCUUCCAGCCCGGCCUCGCGCUGGCGCCCGUGCUCUUCAUCCUGGCGGUCACCGCCUUCAAGGACCUGUGGGAGGACUACAGCCGCCACCGCUCCGACCAUGAGAUCAAUCACCUUGGCUGCCUAGUCUUCAGCAGUUGACUUCAUAUCUUCUUAAAAGGACAGUCUGGUGUCUUGAGAGAACCUUCUUACAUACACAUUCUUCCCAAGCCAGAUGGACAUCUCGUGUUUAGAAAGUAUGCACCAUACGCAGAAAGGCCAAAUAUUUGUGCUUUUUCCCAUUAAUUUAUAAA